AUGACCCGCAAGUUUGAAUUUAUCGAAGAGAAGUAUGACAAAUCCACAGAGUUCGAGUUUACAACACUACAAUUGCGGUACAGUCCUUCUCAGUCCAAUUCCAACAGUUCAAUUCAUGGAGCUCUGUCAGAACUCGCCAAAGAAUUCAAGGCCCUCAAGAUUCAUUUGGUCGACACCAAACCUCAAUUCCAGCAACGGGUGAUGACUUGCUUUGGCUGUGGUGAAGAAGGUCACAAACGUCCGGAUUAUCCAAAGGCCAAUCAACAAGAGUCUUCAGAAAAAGACAGUGGGCGUCAAACCUCACAACGGGUUUCCCCAAUCCCUACCACUGGCAAUCAAGUUCCAACCCCAAUGAUGGUUGACACUGCCCCUCCUGUAGCAAAGAAAACAUGUCGGCCCCCACGUUAUCUACCAGUACAGUUGCGUAAGAAAACGAUCUGGGACCGCUUACAGACACUAGAUUCAGGAUUAUCCAUGGCAGAUUGGCUGGCAAUGGACAAACUAGCCGCACAAGACAUCAAAGAUGGCCUCAGAUUUAUAUUCGGUAGAAAGAAAAAAGUACCAGUAAAUAUCAAUUUAGUAAGGGUGGAAGAAGAAACAAGCAAAAGUGAUAGCGAGUCUUUCAAGGGUACAGAAUCCAGUUACUUCAAAUCAGAUGAAGGCGAAAGAGGCUCAGACACAGAGAGCGAAGGCUAUGGAAGUGAUGAUACUGUAUAUGACAAUAAAUACGAUUACAAAAAAAUCUCCACAAGCCAACCCCUGCAAGCUCCCAUUCUCAUCAACGGCCACCUCAUCCUGGCCAUCUUCGAUUCAGGGGCCAGUGUAUCAGUAAUAAGUAAGACCUUAGCAGACAAGCUUCAACUUCUUCCAAAUGCCUUCCCCUUUCAAGUUUGGAUGGUGAAGCCCAUGAGCCCUGCGAAAUCACAGAAUGACCUGGUUCAGGUCUUAUGGCAUCCAAUUAAGUCUAUUGUCGGUGAAGAAGAGAGUGUGACAAAAGGUGAAGGAUUAUUGAGUUAUGGUGAAGAGGUACUCUCAGAAGGCUCUUUGGAUGAUGAGACGCAUGAGGUUCUGGAGGAAGUGCGCAAGCUACUAGCUGACAACCACGAUGUUUUUGCAGAGGUUUCUGGUCUGGACCGCGUUAAUCUCUUAGAGCAUGAGAUCCCCACUACUAGUAUUGUACCAAUUCGUUCUCGCCCUUACCGUUUGAUCUGGGAAGAAGACCUCUCCUUAAAGAAGGAACUCGUAUUAUUAUUAUUGUAUGUCGUACCUAACACAAUUGGUGCUGACUCUGUUAUGACUACAGAUGUGGUAUAG